AUGAAUGACGAAGAGCUUAUAGCCUUAGGGAUCACAGAAUUAGACGACAUUGAAGAAACCUUAAGCGAAUUACAAAAACACGAAGUUCGAGAAAAUUCAAUAAAAGAUAAAAUCGACAUUAAAGAUUUACUCAUACAAAGUAACUUAAGUGAUUCAAGUCCUGAAACAAAUAGAUCACGCAACAGAGACAAAAGUCCAUAUCCACACAAAUCAGAUUACAAAGGCAGGAACAAUUAUAGGGAAAAAGGUCCUUAUCCCGAUAGGUACAAUGACUAUAAGUUCAGAGAAAAUAGUAAAGAUAGAAAUAAUAACCAUAAAUACAGAGAUAACAGCAGAGAAAUUAGCAAUAAUAGAGAUAGUUCUUAUUCUAGGGAUAGGAAAAACUCCUACGACAGGUCCAGAGAUACAAGUAGAAAUAGAUAUAACAACAGAAAUCGUGGAGAUGACGCAAAUAGAAAACAGCACAGUAGGGACAACAGCAGAGAAAGAUACUCAACACCGGAAAAAUAUGAAAGUGAGAAUACUGGAAGACUAAGUACAGUAAAAGGUUAUAUGAGUUAUGCUGUUGAUGGAAAUGGUCCUACACAAAAUUCAGGAUUUCAAUCUACAUCUGAAGGAGGAGGAAGUGUUGAGCUCAUCAUUCCUUUAUCACACUUAGACUCACUCAUGUCAGCCGAUUUGAUCAUCGCUGCUGCAGAUAUGCGCAACGAGUUGUAA